AUGGAUACUCGCCGUGGAGCAGCCAGGACCAUCCUUGUCCGUGACCUUAACAGUCACCUGCUGUGCCCGCUGUGUCGCGGCUACUUCAUCGAUGCCACCACAACUGUAGAGUGCGUCCACUCGUUCUGCCGCAGCUGCAUAGUGCGACACUUGCGGUCCAGCAAGUUCUGUCCGGCGUGCGACGUCCAGCUUCACAAGACUCGCCCUCUGCUUGGAGUGCGGCCGGACCGCACGCUGCAGACACUGGUGUACAAGCUGGUGUCGGGCAUGCCGGACCGCACGCUGCAGACACUGGUGUACAAGCGGGUGCCGGGCAUGCCGGACCGCACGCUGCAGACACUGGUGUACAAGCUGGUGCCGAGCAUGCCGGACCGCACGCUGCAGACACUGGUGUACAAGCGGGUGCCGGGCAUGCCGGACCGCACGCUGCAGACACUGGUGUACAAGCUGGUGCCGGGCAUGCCGGACCGCACGCUGCAGACACUGGUAUACAAGCUGGUGUCAGGCAUGCCGUACCGCACACUGCAGACACUGGUGUACAAGCUGGUGCCGGUCAUGCCGGACCGCUCGCUGCAGACACUGGUGUACAAGCUGGUGCCGGGCAUGUAA